CUCACUAUAUUCAGGCCCAAUCCAAACUAGCAACAUGGUCACGGGUCGGGCUAAAACCCGCCCCAUUACCCAUUUGUUAGGGGCAUUUCAAACCGUUGGAUCUGAUUGAAUAUUUACGAGAUCGAACGGUUGAGAGAAACAUAAUUAAAUCUCAACCGCCUUCUCAAUAAUUCGCCGUCCACCGUUCUCCGCCGUCCCCCGACACCGUAUCUCCGCCAUCAUUCUCCCAUAUUAGUUCUGAAUAAGCGCGCUUCAUGAAAAUUUAGGUACUCUCCUCACCGGAGAGAGGAAAAUUUUGAAUUGUGCCGAUCUUCAUCAGUCAAAUAAAAAAAAAAUGGCGAGUUUUUUGAAAUUGAGGUGGAUUUCCAAAAGCUUUAGCACUCUCUCUUCGACACCUUUACGCAUUUGCGUUGUUGGUAGUGGACCUGCAGGAUUUUACACAGCGGAGAAGCUUUUGAAGGCACAUGGAAGUGUAGAUGUUGAUAUAAUCGAUCGUCUGCCAACGCCCUUCGGAUUAGUGCGGUCCGGUGUUGCGCCUGAUCAUCCCGAGACGAAGAUAGUGAUCAAUCAGUUUUCGCGUGUUGCACAAAAUGAACGCUGUUCGUUCAUUGGGAAUGUGUCUGUUGGAUCCUCCAUAACUUUGCCUGAGCUACGUGAGAUGUAUAAUGGGGUGGUUCUUGCCUAUGGUGCAGAAAGUGACAGAUCUCUUGGCAUUCCCGGGGAGGAGUUGGCUGACAUAUAUGCUGCCAGAGAGUUCGUUUGGUGGUAUAAUGGGCAUCCAGACUGUAGGAAUCUUGCUCCUGACUUAAAGAGCUCUGAUACUGCUGUUAUUCUCGGUCAGGGUAACGUUGCUCUUGAUGUAGCUCGAAUUCUUUUACGGCCAACAGCCGAAUUAGCAAGAACUGAUAUCGCCUCCCAUGCUUUGGCUGCUUUAGAAGAGAGCACUAUAAGGAAAGUUUAUUUGGUUGGAAGACGUGGACCAGUACAAGCAGCCUGCACUGCAAAAGAACUAAGAGAAAUUCUGGGAAUCAAGGAUUUGGUGAUUCAUAUCAAACAAGCGGAUCUAGUUACAACACCUGCUGAUGAGAUAGAAAUGAAGAAUAACAGGAUAAGGAGGCGAGUGUACGAACUGCUCUCUAAAGCAGUCACAGCAGGGCAUGCUUCUGUUCCCGGUCAACGAGAACUCCACUUUGUUUUCUUCCACAAGCCAGACAGAUUUCUAGAGUCGGACGAUAGAAGUGGUCGUCUUGGUAGUGUUCGGCUUGAGAAGACUACUCUUAAAGGAGAUGAAUCAAUGAAGCAGGUGGCUGUUGGUACAGGAGUAUACAAGGACAUAUCAUGCGGGUUAGCACUGAAGAGUAUUGGUUACAAAUCAGUAGCUAUCGAUGGUUUACCCUUUGAUAAUUACAAAGGAAUUGUUCCAAAUCUUGGAGGUCGUGUAUUGGCUAACGCUUCACUAGGUGAUAUGCAAUACGAGACGGGCUUAUAUGUGUGCGGGUGGUUAAAGAGAGGACCAACUGGAAUUAUUGCUACAAACCUUUAUUGUGCUGAAGAAACUAUUGCAUGCGUCUCAGAAGACAUUAAUAAAGGGGUAUUAUCGUCUAAAUCGGUAAAGCCUGGCCGAAAGGGAAUGUUGGAGUUAUUAGACAGUAGGAAUACUAGAGUUGUACCAUUUGAUGCCUGGGAAAAAAUCGACCUUGAAGAGAAAAGGCUCGGAAAUUUGAAGAACAAACCCAGAGAAAAACUCGCCACACGGGAAGAGCUAUUGAAAAUCGCCGGUAAAUGAGAUAGAUCCCUCUGCAAAAAUAAGAUGUUCAAGAAAUCACUGUCAUUUUGUUUCCAUUAAUGGAAGUUAUUGAGAGAAAAAGGGUGAGAUGUGACAAUGGGUGAAGAAACUAUAUUUUGUGUUUUACAUACAUAAUAACCAUAAUAUAUUUCAAGAUUAAUUUGUUUA